UGCUCCCAGGAAAGUGAAGGGUGCACGUUUGUUGUUGAUCAGCUGAUCAGCUUGUUGUAGGAAGUGACAGCAGACCAGUAACGGCUACAGCUGGAAAGGGACAAAAUGUUGCAGCUACAGUUUACUAAAGACGUUUUACCAGACUCGGUUAGUGCGGACUUCCAAAAUCUAAACAAACUGAGUGAGCAGCAAUUUGUGAGUUUGGCAGACAUUCUCUUCCGCUUCUUGAUAGAACCCAAAGAGACGGACAGAUUCAUGACGCAGCUAAAUGACUUUGCAACAGAGAAUGGGAUGAGUCCCGGGCCUCUCCGAAACCUGGUGAAAAGUGUCCUGUUGGUACCCAAUGGUGCUCUGAAGAACAACCUGAAUGCUGAUCAAGUGAAAGCAGAUCUGAUCACUCUCGGUCUGAGUGAAGACAAGGCUCAUCAUUUUUCAAACCAGUGGAAGGCUCACUUCCCGUUGAUCUCCAGGCUAGCAGUUGGACAGACCUUGAUGGUCAAUCAGCUCGUGGACAUGGAGUGGAAAUUCGGAGUAACGGCUGGAACCAGUGAGCUGCUAAAGGUUGGAAGCAUCUUUUUACAACUGAAGUUGGUCAUAAGAAAGGGAAAUUCACUAGAAAAUGUUUAUAUGGAGUUGACACUGCCCCAGUUUUACAGCUUUCUUCACGAGAUGGAGCGUGCCAAAGCCAGCCUGGACUGUUUCAGCUAGGUCCCCGGCGCGGACCCAUCCUGCAGGUGUGUGUGAGAGAGGGCUGCUGGACAGCAAGAGCCCGGCAUGGGACCGCGGAGGUCAUUUCCUGUGCUGCCUCCGCGCUGUCCACAGGUGCCAGCCGGGAUUCCACCUGAAACACCCUUGUACUCCAUUUCAUUUUGCAAAGCAAAAACUAAUUGACUUCUGUUCAACAAAAUGUGUUGAAGUAUCAAGCAUGUGGUAAGGCACAUACAUGGUUACAGUUUUUAUUCAAGGACAUGACUUCUUAAAAAAAAACAAAGCAGUGUAACAUAAUACUUCAUAGCUGUGUAGUUAUUACCACCUGAGGCAUGUAUACAUGAAAGUAUAAUAAAAUUGGCUCCUUUGUUUGCA